AUUUCACACCCUCACCUCACCCUCACUAAUCGUUCUUGAGACUUGAGAGAAGAGGCGCUGCAUCUGGCAUGGCUAUCACAGCACGGAAGUUCCUGCAUGGCGGCGCAGCUGGCACCAUCGCGCAAGGCGUCGCCGACGUGGGCGGCAUCAGCUUCGGCCUGUGGGAGAUGGUGACCGGCUUCUUCGCCGACAUCCUCGCCGGCCUCUUCGCGGUUCUUGCUGGCGCGGCCCAGCUGCUCGUCCUGCCACUGGAGGUGCUCUGGCAGUCGCUGGUCACCGUCGUCACCGGCGCCGCUGGCGCCAUCGCCUCCGGCCUCAACGGCCUGUGGCAGCACGUCACAGGCUUCUUCGCCCAUAUCGUCGCGGGCAUCGCCGACGCGGCCCACCUGUUGGUCCUGCCGCUAGAGACGCUCUGGCAGUGGCUCGCCACCAGCAUGGCCGAUGCCGUGGGCGCCAUCAUCUCCGCCCUCGACGGCCCGUGGCAGCUCGUCGCGGGCUUCCUCCCCGGAGCCUGGGCCACCCUGGUGAACGCAGCACACGAGAUCCCCCGUAAGCUAGCGGAGCUCUGCCGGUGGAUCCAGGCCGCUGCCCCCGUCUUGCUCCCGUACGUGCUGGGCAUAGCUGCGGUCGUCCUCGUCGCGGCGCUCGUCUGGUUUUUCUGCUGUCCUGCUACGGUCCUCCUCGCCGCCAGCGUCGGGGUCGGCCAGGUACUCGUGAUCGCCGCCUUCCACCUCGGGCACGGGCUGUUCUACGUUUGCUCUGCCGUUUUCUCGGCGUUCGCCUCCCUCCUGCCGUCCUGCAUGCAGUGCCUGAACUGCGCCGCUGGGGUCACCAUGAACGCCCCGGGCGCGUCCGGCAUGCUGAUAUCGCGCCCUGCCUUCGAGGCAGCGCCGGCGCUCUUCUUCGCGCUGAUGCGAGCCGCUCCACCCAUCGUGGCCGCCACCGUCUUCUGCACGGAAACGGUGGCCUCGGUCAUCGCUUCUCCGGUCGCCGCUCUUUUUGGCGUCCGGCGGUGAACUGGUCAAGCAUGGCACGAGCAGAAGUGAGCAUGACUGUAUGAGCAUGUCUGCAUGAUGUAAAGCUCCUACGUUUAGUUGACUAAUAGAACUCGAGGAGUAUUCUAC